AUGGCUCCCAGCGGUCUGAAGCACCUGUCCAACGCCCUGGCAACGCCAGACCAACUAUCCAAUUCAUCCUCCUCUCUAGACGGUGUACCAUCUGAUCUGGAGACCUCAAUUCGCUGCGCAGGCGCGCAGCUCACUCAGACUGCCGGUGUUCUCCUGCAUUUGUCGCAAGAUAUUAUCGCCCAGGCAAUCGUAAUCUUCACGCGAUUUUGGCUUGGCGCUGACGGAGGUAGCUUACGAAUUUACUCCGUCAAGGAUGUAUCCGCUGCGGCUCUCUACUUAACCGCCAAGCUUUCCUUCCAGCCCACCUCCCCUCGCUCCGUGCUCAAUGUAUAUACAUUCCUCCUAUCAAAAGAUGCUUCGCCCCUGUGGUUUGUGAGGCAAGGCGGCUCUCCUGAAGCUCCUCCUUCACCCGAGACCUACAUCCUUUCCGAGGGCGGCUACCAGGCCACACGCCAGAUCCUCCUCCACACCGAAGCCGUGAUCCUUCGGACCCUCGGCUUUGACACUCAUGUCGCUCUUCCCCACACAAUUGCGUUAACAUACCUCCAAACAUUGGGCUUGUCGAACCCUGCCGUUUCCCAGCGGACGCUACAACAUCUCAAUGCGGCCUUACUUUCGCCUCAACUUCUCUACGUGACCCACCAGCCCAACGCGCUGGCUGUGGCUGCCAUAUACCUCGCGUCUCGCGAAGAGGGCGCCAAGCUCGUAGACAGCGAUUGGUGGGAGGUGUUUGACGUCGAUCGUGAAGAGCUUGGAUUCUUGGUCGUUGGCAUGAAAAGUAUGGAAGGUUUCACGCGAGUCGAGCUUAGCUUAUGGAAUAACCGAUCAAUCCCCAUGAUUCCUGAUGAGGUCGAUGCCGAGAUCGAGCGCCGGCGGCUGAUGGAAGAUGGUGAGUGA